CCCCCCCCGAUCCUGAUAAGCUUGUCGUUGUAGCGGGUCGACGACUCCAUGAUACCCUCGAUCGUGGAUUAGCAUACGGCAGGAAUCCGUAUGCAGUCAAGCAACUACCAUCCGAUGCGUGGAGUUUAGACAAGAGGUGGUGCAGCCAAAAUGCGCAUCGCCGGUCACCCCCGUUCGCGGGCUGUCUCUACUGCCGACAUCCUUCGGCCUCAAGAUAAAGAGACUUCGAUCCUGGUCAGGACGUUAGAUUCCAUCGAUCGCAGUUCCUACGAUGCCCUAGACGCGAGCCUCCAGCGUUCCACAUGCCUACAACAACUGCGACAUUUUCUCAAGGAUGACGUUCAGGCCUACGCCGCCCACAGCGGCUUUCGGAGGGCAGGUGGCUUUCAGGCCCUGCUCCGCUUGAUUCGGACGUUGAUCGAUAUCUUUGUCGCUCAAGGGAACCCCAUGAGCAAUGUCAAAACCUGCCUACAGACCCUCUCCCAGUGGUUUGCCGUUUUGGGGGCUGCUCUGGAAGGCCAUGAAGGCAAUCAGAAAUACUUUCGGACAAAAGUGGACGAUGGAGGGUGGAAGUCUUUGCAAACAACACUCGACAAACUCUUGACUAUUUUAUGGGCCAACAUUGAUGACGUCCAGCAUCUUGAACAUUUCUUUGGCAUACUUCUGGCCACAGCUUCUGGCGUCGACAUGAUAGACGACAUCUUUACCGCCGCGGAAAAGGCAGCACCUACCGCGGACAAGAACUACUCAACCGUCGAAAAUGUUGCCUUGGUGCGUGGAGUGGUUGAGAAAUCCCUUGCUGGUAUUGAUGGCCUUGUUGUUCCAGAGAUGUUAACGUUGACACUGGAACUCUGGAAAUCUGGCUUGGAAACAGAUCGACUUCCAGCGAGAUCGAUCCGUCUCGCCCUACCCAUUGCCCUGAUUCAACUUCUGUCCGUCUCGAGGCACAACAUAGUCGCGGCCCAUACUGCUGGUGCUUUUAGUGCCAUCAUUCGACUCAUCUUCGAUGAUAGGUUACCUGCUAUCGAACGGUCUCUCUUCAAAGAGGUUGCCCUCCUGCUCUGUCAGCAGGGUGUUUCGAGUCUCGCCGAUGCCCAAUAUCUCUUCACACAUGCCAGCCUGACUUCUGAGGCUGCUGCAUUUCUCCUCGAAGCCAUCAAGAUUUCACGUCAACCUCCUAGCGUGCAAUUUGAUCUUUCCCAACAGGGCUAUGCUUCUGCCGAACUCGCCACGCUUGGACGGCCUUUCCCUCCUGUCGAUACUGCAGGCUACACCCUGAGUCUCUGGGCCCGCUUCGACUCAUUCGACCCGAAUGCUCAUACUACACUUUUCGGUGCAUUCGACCGUACUCAGACCUGUUUUGUCCUUGCCUACCUAGAGCGAGACUCACAUCACCUCAUCCUUCAGACCGCCAUGCAAGGAAGCAGACCAAGUGUGAGGUUCAAGUGUGUUGCAUUUCAACCUGAUAGAUGGUAUCAUCUUUGCAUAAUUCACAGGCGCCCCAAAACAACUACUGCAUCCCGUGCCUACCUUUUCAUCGACGGUGACUUUGUCGAACAGCAGAAAGCAAACUACCCAAUACCCCCUCCGACUCAAGGUGGCGAAUCAAAUGUCAAAAUACAAGCUUUCUUCGGUACACCCCAGGAUCUAUCUCCCAGUUCGUCGGCAUUCACAUGCUCAUCGAAAUGGUCCUUGGGUUCUGCAGUCCUCUUUCGGGACGUCAUGAGUGACGAUUUGGUGGCUGUUUGUUAUCAUCUCGGUCCAAAAUAUCAUGGUAAUUUUCAAGACUGCUUGGGUUCCUUUCAAACAUAUGAAGCAUCUGCUGCUCUGAAUCUUCGGAACGAGUUGCUCCACCGUGGCAAAGAGGACCGAUCCGAUCUAAUGCUCGCAAUCCGCCAAAAGGCGAGCAAUCUAAUUCGCGAAGAUAAGGUCCUGAUCAAUGUCUCCCCUGCUUCCACGCUUGAUAAUGAUGAUCGCAAUGCAAUCGACGAGGGGCAACUGGUCAAAUGUCUUUCUAAACUAGCCGCGAAGAACCUCAUUGCAUAUACUCGGUCAGGGACCAAUGCUGUGGCGAUCAAUGGAGCAGUCCCAUCCAUCAAUGAUGCCCUCACGCAAGCUCGAGGUGUUUUCAUGCUGAUGGGUGAUCCCACCAUCACAGCCCCGCAGUCUCUGGAUGAUGCAAGCUGGCGCCUUGGUGGCUGCGGCUCCAUCGGACUCGGUCUCCUCCAUCGCGCAAAAACCACAGAAGAUCUUGCCCUUACAUUUGAUAUUGUUUUGGAAACCGUCAGACAUAGCUGGAGGAACAGCGAGGUCAUGGAACGAGAAAGCGGAUACACGAUCCUCGCAAUGCUCCUCAAAGAGAAGCUGAUGGGCACCGUGCAGGGUAACGGCGACGGAUCCAAAGCAUCGCUUGUAAUUCCUACCCCCAGGCUCGAUAAGAACGGUCUGAUUCUACGAGUCCUACAAUCACUACUAUUGUUCAUCGGCUAUGACUCCUCAUCCCCUUCAAGGGCAGUCAUCAACAACCCAUUGGCUUACAAGGUUUUGCUCGUCGACACCAACAUCUGGAGAUCCGGCCCAAGCGAUGUGCAAAAGCUCUAUUUCGAUCAAUUCCGGGUGUUUGCAGAACAGAGCGACUACAAGCAGUUCAAUGUCAAAAGACUGUUGCGGAUGCGCAUCCUGAAACGAAUCAUGGAAUCUCUAAAAUCAGAACCCAUUCAGAAGUCGGUCAUACCCAUGUACAUGGAUACUCUGAAAAUAUUACUGCCGCACUCUCUAAAUGCCGAAAUCCUACGCUCUUUCGCGCUAUUCAUCACAUUCUCCGUUAAUAAGAGAAACGUCGGCUUCCAAGCUCGUAAGUCAACGAGAAGGGACGUCAGGCAAAGGAGCUCCUCAAACGGGUCGACAAAUAGUGCAAAGGAGGAAGCCUCUACUCAUUUGACGCAUUUCGAGAUUGGCGUUGAAGUCCUGCGACUCUACUCUGACCUGUUAUGUCAAAAGGGCGACGAUGCCAUAAUCAAAAAAUUCGCCAAAACCGUCACAAACAAGUGGCUCCUAUAUCUGCUUUCGGAGACUUCUCCAGAAGUGGUUGUACUAUCAAUGAGGAUCGUGGCAAGAUUGCUAACGGUUCACGGUGAGAGCUAUGUUAAAAAGUUUAAGGAUGCUUCCAAGACGUCGGGCUUCACGAUCAUUGCAUAUCGUUUGAAGCGAUGGUGGCACUUACCAGCCUUGUGGCCCACCUGCUUCGCCAUUUUGUUCGACUUGGAUAUUGCCAAUCUAGAUUUGGACAGAGACUUCGACCUGUUUGGCCUGGUCGACUUGUUUACGGCGAAGAAGGAACUUGCCGUGGUUUUUCCAGAGAUCUUUGAGGUCAUUAUGGCAAUGUUACAAAGUGGCCUGAAGACGAUUGUGUCUUCCAAAAAGCAUGCUCCAAGCUUGACACUGCCAGUCCCUGAGGAGGGCUCUCAAAGUCAAACACCACAAAGACUGUCAAUGUCAACAAUGGCACCACCAAACCCACUACUCACGAUCGUGACAAGUCAGCAUGUCGAAACAUUCAAAACCGUGGUACAGUUUCUUGCCGAUCUACAUACAAGGUCCUCCAAGUUCCGCGACUAUGCCAAUUCCUCGUCCUAUAUUCAAGACCUACUGGCAGCACUCUUCCCCGUCGUUGUCGGCUCAGACAUUGUUGAAGCCAAGACAGAGCUGAAUGCACGCGAUUCAAUGUUGACCUUCGAUGGCGGCGAUGUCAUCAUGCAGCCCCUGUCAACAACAUCUCCCAUAGUCCGCCUAGCUGAGAAUGAACUCCCGAGUUCUACAAGCAGAGGCCAAGCAUUACGGAGAGGCUCGUCAUUCGUUUUGGUAAACCGAAGCCAAACACCCCAAGGCAGUGACAUAUUAGAUCGCAAUGGACCCAAGUCUGCUGUUGUCAACAUGCCAAACCUCAACGAAGGUCACUCUCUAGUGCAAAGCCUCCUCGAAGUCAUCAUAGCUGUCUUCAGUGAUCAGAUUUUCGCGAGGAAGGACUUUCCAGGACUUGGCCUAUUCCUCAAGACUCCUCCUGGAUUUGUUGAACAUCAGUCAUACUUUGAGACAUGGAUCCUUAGGAACACGGUGUCACACUUGUCGAAUCACAUUGCUUUGAACCAAAGUCUGCUUACAGAACCCCGGGUUUUGACCAAUUUAGCACGCCUAUUCACUCAUUUCGAGGAGGCUCUCGUCGAAGGCUGGUUUAUUGGAGGUGCUGAUUCAGUACUCGACUUUGCGGGGUCUAUAUUGGAAUAUCUCCAGCGACCCGAAAUCAUGCGGUUGAAGUCGGUGCGACUAUGCGCUCAGACCAUUUCCGUAAUCCAAGGUGUUGUUUUCCGGACGAUAUUAUUAAGCCUUUCUUCGGUCAAUGAUGACGAGUCGCACGAAUUUCUUAACAAGUUGACGUACUGGCAAACUGUACUACUUUCAGCAGAGGAAACACAUUCGACGAACCUUCAAUUGGUGUGCUAUCUACUGUACGCGCAUCUGGUCUCAAGCAACGACGCCGUCAGACAGACCAGUGCAAAUUUGUGGAGAAUUAUUCUUGUUCAGAAGCCCGACGAAGCGGCGGCAAUAUUUGGUCAAACUGAUACUACUGAACAGAAAGGACUGGCCGCUGGGUUUGAAAAGGUCGUCGAGUUGGAUAAUGAGACCUUUUUGUGCUGGGUGGAUGAGCAUCGUGACCCGCUGGACUCACUCUUCUUCGAUACUCUGUCGAAGCAAUGGAAUACGUUUGUCACAAGCGAAAACAAGCGGACUGAAGAAAAUGGAAAGAUGCGCAUCUCUCGACGUCGGGACAAGGUCAAGCAGUGGGCGCGUGAGGAGGCUGAACGUGAUGAUCUUAUUCGAAGGCAUGAGUUGGCUUUUGAAAAUUGGACGGCCAAUAUCUACUCAUCCGAGUACCUCAAGCAUCAGCGGCUUCUCCAGGAUCAACAGGACGACCUUGUGUAUACCGAAACCUGCUUUAAGCGCAUGCAGCGAGAAAUCAGUCGACCUGGAGGCCUUCUUGGUGUUGACAGGCCUCGAAGGUGGCGCCUAGACCAGACCGAAGGCCGAAACAGGAUGCGAAUGAGAAUUCACGAGGAUUUUUCGAAAGCCUUGGACGACCAGCAACCUAAACGCAAAGGCUCCGACAUGCCACAAUUAAAACUCGACACGAAAGGCGCCAGGUUGACAAAUACAGCGGCCAUUGGGGUGACGCCUGGGGGCAUGACACCGACAGCUGACGCCCCAAACAAAGCGGAUGAAACAGAGCCGUUCCCCAGCGUUGUCGAUAGCCGUGAAGCAGACGAUGCAUCCGAGGCGCAAGACGGAGAGGAUAGCUUCGAACUUGUGGAGGAUCCGAAUCUCGAAAUGGACGACUUUGAAGAUAAAAAUCGGAAAGUCAUGCGAAGUCUUCAUCGGGGUGAUCAGGUCAAACAUGUCGCCAAUAUCUCUCGGAUCCUGGGUCUGGAAGCCGUGGAAGGACUACUGAUCCUUGGGAAAGACUACAUCUACUUGAUUGACAAUUUCUUUCAACGUGCUGAUGGCGAAAUCGUCAACGUUUGGCAGGCUCCGCAGGAGGAACGGGAUCCCUAUGUUCGCAUGAUCUCUGGCCGUGACGUGGUGGAACGUAAGCAUAUUUCGCGGUCUGAAGAGCACGGGACAAGAAGUUGGAAAUGGUCAGACAUCAUCAGCGUUUCAAAAAGACGGUUUUUAUUCCGAGAUGUGGCCAUAGAAAUGUUCUUCAGUGACGGGCGAAGCUACUUACUGACAGUCACAUCGCCUCCAAUCCGGAAUGAUCUGCACCAGCUCAUCAGUGGCAAAGCAACCUCUUCAGCCAGCCUGGGAGGCGCACACUCGGAGAGUGCAUGGCGGUACGAAACCCUUCGGAGCGUCGAAGAUGAACCACAAACACUGGGGUCUCGGUUUGCUAAUGUUUUCAAUCACCAAGCGGGCACCUUGGCUGCGACACGGAAAUGGCAGAAAGGAGAAUUGUCCAAUUUUCACUAUUUGAUGCUGAUCAAUACGAUGGCAGGCCGUACAUACAACGACUUGACACAGUACCCGGUGUUUCCAUGGGUGAUUGCGGACUACACUAGUCAAGAGCUGGAUCUCUCAGAUCCUAAGAGUUUCCGUGACUUGUCGAAGCCCAUGGGUUGUCAGCAACCUGAAAGAGAACAGGAGUUUCGAGAAAGAUAUCAGACGUUUGCCGAGAUGGGAGAUAACAACACACCGGCAUUCCAUUACGGGACACACUAUUCAUCAGCAAUGAUAGUGACUUCUUAUCUGAUUCGGCUCCAGCCUUUUGUCAAGUCAUAUCUUUUACUGCAGGGCGGGACAUUUGAUCACCCAGACCGCAUGUUCUUUUCUAUCGAGGGAGCAUGGAAGUCAGCUUCCAAGAUGAACAUGACCGAUGUGCGCGAACUAACGCCAGAGUUCUAUUACUUGCCGGAGUUUUUGGUCAACAUCAAUGAGUAUGACUUUGGUACACGACAGAACAGUGGGAACAUUGGUAAUGUGGAACUUCCACCUUGGGCGAAAGGGGAUCCUCGAAUCUUCAUUGCCAAGCAGCGCGAAGCACUCGAGAGCCCUCAUGUCAGCAAGCAUCUUCACAAAUGGAUCGAUCUGAUCUUCGGAGCUAAACAGAAAGGGGAAGCAGCAAUUGAGGCAGUCAAUGUUUUCCACUACCUUUCUUAUCAGGGUGCCCGAGAUCUGGACACGAUCACUGAUCCGGUGGAACGACUCGCAACAAUUGGAAUCAUUCAUAACUUUGGACAAACACCAUACCAGGUCUUCACCAAACCUCAUCCAGCUCGUGAGCAAGCACGACACAAGUACAAACGGCUUGAUACGGCUGCCGAAUCAUUGACUCGUGUGCCGUCCACUUUGCUCGAAGCGGAGGAAAAGGUGGCCUCGUUAAGCUUCUCCUGGAAGACGGAUCGAUUGUUGUGCUCGGGGGCAUUCCGAAUAAACAUGCCACCCAACUACGACACGUAUAUGGAAUGGGGGUUCUCCGAUAACAGUGUUCGAUUCUACUCCGCGGAGAAUCGACGGCAAAUUGGCCUCUUUGAGCAGCUACAUGUAGGUCAGUUGUCUGGCGCUCUGUUCACGGGUUCGAAUACACUCGUGACUGCUGGCACGGAUUGUACGAUUGGGGUUUGGACAGUGGUGGAGAACAAUGGCAAAUCGAUCGAAUUGCAUCCUCGGGCCACGCUGUUUGGACACCGAACACCGAUCGAAACCCUGGCGAUUUCCAACUCUUUCAAUGCGUUGUUGUCGGCGUCGAGUGAUGGCCAAGUCAUUUUAUGGGAUCUGAACCGGUGUGAAUUCAUACGCAAACUGGACGAUGAACUCGCAGUGAAUUGUGCAGCCAUCAAUGAUGUAACGGGCAACAUUGUUGUGUGCCACGGUCAUCAGAUCAGCAUGUACACGCUGAACGGAAGCCUGAUUCUCCGACAAGACUCUGGUGACCGGUCCCAAGAAGCGAUCCUGUCUUGUGCUUGCUAUGAGGGGGCUGGGAAUGAAUGGCUCGAACGAGAUCUAGUGUUCACAGGCCACAAAUGGGGACAAGUCCGAAUCUGGAACAAAGUGGUGAGGGCAGGCAAGUUUGAGCUGGAGCUGAUUCGACAAUUGAAUCAUGCGGAUGGCAGUCGUGACGACGGAGCGAAUGUGACUGCAGGAAUCAGUUGCAUUCUGCCCAUGGCGCAGAUGGUUUAUACGGGGGAUGAGGAUGGACGUGUGUACGAAUGGAACUGCGUGCAAAGGCACUGAUUUGGAGCAUGCUGUGGGGAGGGGUGAUGGAUCUUGAUUGCAGAAAAGUUUGACAUAGAGCAUAGCGAGGCGCAGAGAGGCAACAACGUCGAGGAUAUUUUGAAGGCCAGAACGAGACAGAGGCUGGCCCUGCCCCAGCCUUGGACGGCGAGAUUUCAUAGAAAGGGGAAAAUAAAAAGUCACUAGGACGCUGGAUGGAAUAGGCGUCAGAAAGAUAAAGAAAACCAGAAAUCACCGUCGGUCGUGAGCUACACUAUGCUGCGUUGUUAAAAGUAGAUGGCAGAGUUUGAGAUCGACAAGAUCGACGGGCACGAGCAUGACGAGGAUCAAUCUAAGCAAGGGUUCGUGCCAUUGCGGGUCCGAGCUGCUGGAACCUUUUUGUUUGACGUCAAACGGCAACGUGGAGCAUUUCGGAGGGCGAAUGGAUCAUUAUUGUGCAUAUGCAUCAGUCGGGCAUGAAGCUGACACGGCACCUAUCGCCUGGCUGGACGAUGAUAACCGGGCUGGGGGAACACAGCGAGACGGAUGGCGGUGCAGAGUGGUUGGGUAGAUGAUUGUACAGGGAGGGAUUUUCACUGGUGCACCAAAGGAUUGUAGAUACAGGCAGAGUCGAAAGAACGAGGUUGGGACUGGUGACAAAAAGGCCAGACCGCUUGAGUGGCAGACGACCUACCAGUACGGAGUAGACAUGAGAUGGCAUCGAUUCCU